AUGGGUCAGCUUGAAACAAUUAUCGGGUCGGUGGUGGUGUCGGGUACAGCAUUCGCAGCUUACGUUCUUAUGAUGGUGGCCGAGCACACCAAGCCCCAAAUACCAGAGGACUGCACCUCCAUGCCUGCCACAUGCGGCGUUCCCCCGGGGCCAACAGUGGGCCUUGGGAUUGCCGCCAUCGUCUGCUGCUUCCUGGCAGCGUGCUUCGCCCAGGUGGCCGUUCGCGGGCCCCACACGGCGUAUCUCUCGAUGAGCAAGGCGUUUGUGAAGCACCACCGAUGGGGGGUCUCCGUCUGGUACUGCUUGGCAUGGUGCUUCACGCUUGUACCGGUGUGCUACAGCUCGUAUCUAGUCUGGCAGCAGUCAACAGGCAGUGGGGCAGUCCCGGUGGGGCUAUUUGCAGGCAUGGGGCUCAUCAUGCUGUGCUCGGGAGUGCUGUGGGUGGGCUUUGUAGCAAUGAACUUCAAUGCCGAUAGACUCAUUCUUGCAGGAGUGGAGGACGAGGAUGAGGAUGUGAGUAACAUGUGCAUGCAUGCAAUGAACUUCAACGCAGAUAGGCUCACUCUUGCAUGGGUGGAGGACGAGGAUGACGAUGUGAGCUUCGUAGCAAUGAACUUCAACGCAGAUAGGCUCACUCUUGCAUGGGUGGAGGACGAGGAUGACGAUGUGACAAUGAACUUCAACGCAGAUAGGCUCACUCUUGCAUGGGUGGAGGAUGAGGAUGACGAUGUGACAAUGAACUUCAAAGCAGAUAGGCUCAUUCUCAGCGGGGUGGAGGACGAGGAUGAGGAUGUGAGUAUGAUGCAGCAUGUGCGCAUAGUGCAUGCAUGGGAGACGGGUAUUGGAGGUGUGGCUUUGUCGCAAUGA